AGCGAGCAUAUGCCUGGAAAGAGCGCAACACAGUGCCACGGAUACUAAAACAAGGAUGGAAAUGAGGAAAUAGAGUGAAGGUGCCCAUAAUAAGAAGACAGUGACAGGUUUACAUUCAGGAUUAUGCAUGGUUCCCUUAGGCAAUAAUAUUACCCCGCAUGCAAUAGAAACAUCGCCUAGUAAGGGGUGAAUAUUUAUUAUAAACGUUCCGUAUAUUGCAUGCUCUCUUCCUCUCGCAACUCUACAUUUUUUCUCACACGUCUGCCGCGCGCGUAAUUGCUCACAAUCUCUCCCUCCCUCCUUCCCUUGUGCCACUCAGUCAUUCACUCUCUCUCUCUCCGCACGCACACACGCGCUCUCUCACUUUUCGUGGGAGAAAGUAGGAAGGGGGAGAGAGAACGAGAGAGAAAGGAGAGGGAGUGAAUUCAGGUCUCUCUCUGCUCUCUCCGCUGUGGGCACUCAUAUCCACUCCGCUGACUCAAUGGGGCUUUAGCACUUGGAAUAUAAAAUCAAAUAUUUAUUGAUCGUACCCCUUUUACUAUUUAAAUGUUGUACAUAGCAUAGGUAGAUAUAGGUAACUUAUUAAAUAAGCGUUAAGAAGAGUUCAAAUACGUUGUUGUUUUUUGCCUCACAGAAGGUCCAGUCGAAAUUCUCUUCCACUGACUUUCUGUGAGAGAGGAUAUCUAAUUUGAACAUAUCCGAUCAUAUAGUCCAGCGUCAAACAGCUACAAAACAAUGGAUAUUAGAGAUUGCCCUUUUCGGAAGAAGCGGAGACCAUGGAGCGUGGACCUUUCCUCUUUUGCCUUGGUAACUCUGGUGCUCGCGCUGUGCCAACUACCCGUGGCUCGAGCAGAUCCAGUGGAUGUGUUGCGGAUGCUGCAGCUGCCCUCUCUCCCCGAGGGGGUGCGGAAGGUUCCAGGCUUCUGCACCUCCCGGCGUGCCGGUACCGCUGACCACGCCUACCGCAUCUCCAAGAAGGCCCAGAUCUCUGCCCCUACCAAUCAGCUCUUCUCAGGUCGUUUCCCGGAGAACUUCUCCAUCAUGGCUCUGGUCAAGGCCCAUGCGGGCCUCCAGGCCUUCCUGCUGUCCAUCUACAGUGAGCAGGGUGUCCAGCAGCUGGGGGUGGAGCUGGGACGUUCCCCUGUCUUCCUGUACGAGGACCAGACCGGCAAGCCCGCGCCCGAGGACUACCCCCUCUUCAGUGGCGUCAACCUGGCCGACGGCAAGUGGCACCGCAUCGCUAUCUCCGUGUCGAAGAAGAACGUCACUCUGCUCCUGGACUGUAAGAAGCGCAUGACCAGGGCCCUGCCCCGCAGCAAAAGCCCCGUGGUGGACACCAAGGGCAUCACCGUGUUCGGAGCACGCCUGCUGGAUGAGGAAGUGUUCCAGGGUGAUAUCCAACAGCUGCUGAUCGCAUCCAACCCUCAGGCUGCUUAUGACUUCUGUGAACACUACAGCCCCGACUGUGACUCCCCUCUACCCAAAACCCAGUCCCAGGACCCCAACACAUACAAGGAUGCCAAUGGCAAUGCUGACAAACGCAAACCUGUAGUAGUUAAGGCUGCAAAACCUGUAGUAGUUAAGGCGGCAAAACCCGUAGUAGUUAAGGCUGUAAAACCUGUAGUAAAGGCGGCAAAACCUGUAGAAGUUAAGGCGGCAAAACCUGUAGUAGUUAAGGCUGCAAAACCUGUAGUAAAGGCUGCAAAACCUGUAGUAGUUAAGGCUGCAAAACCUGUAGUAGUUAAGGCUGCAAAACCUGUAGUAGUUAAGGCUGCAAAACCUGUAGUAGAUAAGGCGGCAAAACCUGCCCCAUCCAAACCUGCGAAAGCAGAGAUUGCCAAGCUUGAGGCCAAAGCUGCCGCACCUGCCACAGCCAAACUAGCUAAAACCGAACCUGCUGCCACCAAGCCCACCAAAGCCAAGCCUUCCCCGGCCAAACAAGCCAAAGCCAAACCAACUGCAAUUGAAGUCCUCCUGGCCAAGAUCAAACCCACUGCAGUCACACCAGUGGUCAAGCCCACACCUGCCACAAAAAAUGGCGGUGGAAAAAAAGUCAAUGGCAAGCCUGUAGUAGAGAAGAAACUAAAUGGUAAUUCCAAGGUCAAUGGCAAUGCCCAACCUGUAGUUGAGAAGAAAGUAAAAGGUGAGGCCAAAGUUAAUGGCAACGGUAAAACUGCUGAGGAUAAGAAAGUUAAUGGUGAUGGGAAAAGCGGCAGUUACAGAAAAGCUAAUGGCAACGGUGUAGGAGCAGCCAAACCUGGAACCACUAAAGCCCCGACAGAAAGAAAAGUCACCAAAGUUCAAAUAGAAAAAACUGUGGUCAGCAAAGUGAAACCAGCAAAACCAGAAACCGAAGUCAAAGUUAAAGUAGUAAAAACGGAGAUCACUAAAGCCAAACCAACAGAGUCGGUCGUCAUCAAAGUUCCUCCCUUCCCCAAACCUGCACCAAAGAAAGAGCUGCCAGAGAAAACCAAGGUGGCGCUUGAUGUAAAUAACAUCAAAUCGAUGACCCCAAAAAUGCCUCCCUUUGGCAAGACUGCACUCAGUGGCACCGUCGUCCCUGUGCCGGAAAAACCGAAGAAGAAACCGGGCAACGGUUAUCAACAGGAUGUAGAAAUGGCAAAUUCUGAGGCUGGCCACACCCCUACAGAGUCGGAUUAUUAUUAUGAGGAGGCGGUCCUACAGCCAGAGAGUGAGGUGAUUGGACAAGAAGCGACCACUGGCCAGGUGGAGGGAACGUUGGUGGCAGAGGAGGUAGAGUUGGCCAAGGCAGGGGGUGAGGUCGAGGCCUUUACUGAGGAGGAGUAUGUGACCGGAGACCUGGGCAUGAAGGAAUACGAUUAUUCCUACAAGGACUACAACGAGCCCCUGCCCGAGGGAGAGACCGGGGGCAACAUGGGCCCCGCCCUGUCCGCUGUGACAGACGAGGGAGGCGCCUCAGUGAGCGCCGUAAAAGGCGAGAAGGGAGAGCCUGCUGUCCUUGAGCCUGGUAUGUUGAUUGAGGGACCUCCGGGACCAGAGGGACAGGCAGGUCUCCCGGGACCUAAUGGCCCAUCUGGCCCUCCUGGCUCUGUCGGUGAUCCUGGCGAGAGGGGCCUCUCUGGAAAGGCUGGUAUCGCUGGUGCCGAUGGGGUGCCAGGCCCUCCUGGAACGUCCGUCAUGCUGCCCUUCCGUUUCGGAAGCAGUGGAGGUGACAAGGGUCCCAUGGUCUCAGCGCAGGAAGCCCAGGCUCAGGCCAUUCUGUCUCAGGCCAGGCUGGCUCUGAAGGGACCACCCGGACCAAUGGGCUACACUGGACGCACAGGACCCCUGGGUACCCCUGGAAGUGCUGGGCUGAAGGGUGAAGGUGGGGAUCCUGGACCUCAGGGCCCCAGAGGACCACAGGGUUUGAGCGGACCUCCCGGCAAAUCAGGAAGAAGGGGUCGUGCUGGAGCUGAUGGAGCCAGGGGCAUGCCAGGAGAGGGUGGGCCUAAGGGUGACCGCGGUUUCGAUGGCCUGCCUGGAUUGCCUGGGGACAAAGGACACCGGGGUGAUACCGGAGGAUUGGGACCCCAAGGAGGUCUUGGAGAGGACGGAGAGAGGGGAGACGACGGAGACAUCGGACCCAGAGGACUUCCAGGUGAACCAGGACCUCGUGGUUUGCUCGGUCCUAAAGGUCCGAACGGAAUCUCCGGACCUCCUGGUGUGCGUGGAAACGACGGGCCCCACGGUCCUAAAGGAAACCUGGGUCCCCAAGGAGAGCCAGGCCCCCCAGGGCAGCAGGGUACCUCAGGAACACAGGGAAUGCCAGGACCACAGGGAGCCCAUGGGCCCCCAGGAGAAAAGGGCCCCACAGGGAAACCCGGUCUGCCAGGCAUGUCCGGAGCCGACGGCCCCCCUGGUCACCCAGGAAAGGAGGGACCUGUUGGCACCAAAGGAAACCAGGGCCCCAACGGUCCUCAGGGAACAUUAGGCUAUCCUGGCCCUCGUGGCAUUAAGGGAACUCAAGGUAUCCGUGGACUGAAGGGUCACAAAGGAGAGAAGGGAGAAGAUGGCUUCCCUGGAAUCAAAGGAGACUUUGGUGUCAAGGGGGAGAGAGGAGAGGGUGGAGUGCCCGGCCCCAGGGGAGAGGACGGUCCUGAGGGGCCAAAGGGCCGCGUUGGCCCCCCUGGCGAGCUUGGACCCAUCGGCCUGGUCGGGGAGAAGGGUAAACUUGGUGUCCCUGGACUUCCUGGCUAUCCUGGAAGACUUGGACCUAAGGGCUCCCUCGGUUUCCCAGGAUUCCCUGGGACCAACGGCGAGAAAGGAACACGGGGUCUGAUUGGAAAGCUGGGACCCAGAGGACAAAGAGGACCAACGGGCCCCAGAGGUCAGAGAGGACCGAGAGGAUCUACUGGCAAACCAGGAGCCAAAGGUACAUCAGGAAGUGACGGCCCAUCUGGUCCACCAGGAGAGAGGGGACUGCCCGGACCUCAAGGAGCAAACGGUUUCCCGGGGCCAAAGGGACCUCCCGGACCACCAGGGAAGGAUGGACUGCCCGGACACCCUGGACAGAGAGGAGAAGUUGGAUUCCAAGGAAAGACUGGGCCACCCGGGCCUCCAGGUGUUGUUGGACCUCAAGGUCCCUCAGGAGAGACUGGCCCCCUGGGCGAGCGCGGUCACCCCGGGCCUCCAGGACCACCAGGCGAGCAAGGACUCUCCGGACCCUCUGGCAAGGAGGGAACUAAGGGAGACCCUGGUCCCCAAGGCGGCCCCGGCAAAGAUGGACCCUCAGGACUGAGAGGCUUCCCCGGAGAGAGAGGAAUGCCUGGCACCCCGGGAGGCGGCGGACUGAAAGGAAGCGAAGGCCCAGCAGGACCUCCCGGAACAGCUGGAUCCCCAGGCGAGAGAGGGCAGGGAGGCAGUGGAGGCCCCAUCGGACCCCCAGGAAGACCUGGCCCCCAGGGGCCUCCAGGACCAUCAGGAGAGAAGGGCGUGCCCGGGGAGAAAGGUCCGAUCGGCCCGGCUGGUCGUGACGGUGUCCAGGGCCCAGUGGGUCUGCCAGGUGCUGCCGGAUCCAUCGGAGUUCCAGGAGAGGACGGAGACAAGGGUGAGGUUGGAGAGCACGGCCAGAAGGGAGCGAAGGGCGGCAAAGGAGAGCAUGGUCCUCCCGGUCCACCAGGGCCAAUGGGUCCACUCGGUCAGCCCGGCACUGCUGGAGCUGAUGGAGAACUAGGAGCCAGAGGUCAGCAGGGGCCAUUUGGGGCCAAGGGAGAUGAAGGAUCAAGAGGAUUCCCAGGGGCUCCAGGUCCCAUUGGACUGCAGGGAUUGCCAGGCCCAUCAGGAGAGAAGGGAGAGACGGGAGAUGUCGGACCAAUGGGUCCACCUGGCCCCCCAGGACCCCGUGGCCCUGCUGGUUCAAGCGGCGCUGACGGUCCUCAAGGUCCUCCUGGUGGUGUGGGUAACCCUGGAAACCUGGGAGAUAAGGGAGAGCCUGGCGAAGCCGGACCACCUGGAAUCGGAGGAGAGCCAGGAAAGAAGGGCCCACGUGGAGAACACGGAGACAAGGGAGAGGCGGGACAACCUGGUACUUCUGGCCCUGCUGGUGGAAGAGGAGGCCCUGGAGACGACGGACCCAAGGGAAACCCUGGCCCUGUUGGUUUCCCAGGCGACCCCGGGCCCCCUGGUGAACUCGGCCCCAGAGGUCAGGACGGAGCAAAGGGAGAGAGAGGAGAGGACGGUGAACAAGGACAAGCUGGAUCUCCUGGACCCACUGGUGAGAACGGGCCUCCUGGAGGACCAGGAAAGAGGGGUCUUGCUGGAACGAGAGGACCAGAGGGACGACAGGGAGAGAAGGGAACUAAGGGAGAUCCAGGUGCCAACGGACCUCCAGGAAAGACAGGCCCUGUCGGACCUCAGGGUCAACCAGGAAAACCAGGAACUGAGGGUCUGAGAGGACUCCCUGGAUCAGUGGGCGAGCAGGGUUCUCCGGGCCUUUCCGGCCAGAAGGGACCUCCCGGACCGCUGGGACCGCCAGGUUUGCCAGGACUGCGCGGCGAGGGCGGUGACAAGGGAGAGAAGGGACACUCGGGUCUGAUUGGUCUCAUUGGGCCCACCGGAGAGCAGGGAGAGAAGGGAGACAGGGGACUGCCAGGGCCACAGGGGACACACGGAUCCAAGGGAGAGACUGGUGUUUCUGGAGGCACUGGGCCCAUCGGUCCUGGUGGCCCUGCUGGUAUGCCCGGUCCCGAAGGUGUGAAGGGAGCUAAGGGUGCUACAGGAGGAGCUGGUCCCAAGGGAGAGAAGGGUGUCUCAGGACCCCCCGGGUCUCCAGGUCCUCCAGGCGAAGUCAUCCAGCCGAUGCCCAUCCAAAUCUCCAAGAAGUCCAAGCGCUCCAUCGACGCCAGCCGGAUGCUGUCUGAGACAGACGCAGAGUCGGCUGCAGCCGACGCCACCGGCACAGAGUUCCUGACAGGCAGUGAGGGUAUGGAGGAGAUCUUCGGCUCACUGAACUCGCUGCGACAGGAGAUUGAGACCAUGCGCUUCCCUCUGGGCACCAAGGACAGCCCCGCACGCACCUGCCAGGACCUCAAACUCAGCCAGCCAGAGCUCAAGGACGGAGAGUACUGGAUCGACCCCAACCAGGGUUGCUCUCGCGACUCUCUCAAGGUGUUCUGCAACUUCACCGCUGGUGGGGAGACGUGUCUGUACCCCAGCAAGAGCGUGGACACGGUAAAGCUCAACUCUUGGACCACGGAGAAACCGGGCUCCUGGUACAGUGAGUUUGCAACUGGCAGCAAGCUUUCGUACGUGGACUCGAGUGGCGAGCCGAUCGGCGUGGUCCAGUUGGGCUUCCUGCGGUUGCUGAGUGUCCAGGCCCGCCAGAAUUUCACCUAUCACUGCCACCGCUCCGUGGCCUGGGCCGACCGCACUGCUAAUAACGGCCACAAGAGGGCGCUGCACUUCCAGGGCGCCAACGAUGAGGACCUCAGCUACGAGACCAGCCCAUACAUCAAGGCCCUGGUCGACGGCUGCUCUUAUCGUAAGGGCUUCGACAGGACAGUGGUGGAGGUGAACACGCCCCAGGUGGAGCAGCUUCCUCUGCGGGACCUCAAGAUCACAGACUUUGGGGAAAGCAACCAGAAAUUUGGCUUUGAAGUGGGACCUGUCUGUUUCCUGGGCUAACACACCGUACAGAGAAAUGAGAAACACAUAUAGAAUAUACACUUACAAUGAUGCACACACACACACACUCUGUCACACACACACUCAUGCACUUAACACAAACAUUGACACAUUUGCAUAGACAUGGCAAUAUACAGUACAUGCCCAGUAAUUUGUACAUUUAUUUCAGGAUAUCAAACACAUACACACACACACACACUGUUGUGAAACGGACAUGCACUCACUCAAGUGUAUGCCCAGGGGAAAACAUCUCCCAAAUAGAAAUGGACGACAAGAGAAAAGUAGAACGCAAACAUUCUCGCGAAGAGGAGACCAAAGAUCGAUUGCAAGAAUGAGAGAUGGCGUUCAGACCGUCAACAGAAUAAAACAGUGUUCUUUUCCAACGAACAGCUGGGUCAAAGACCCGUCUCCUCCUUCCGUACACGCCAGAGCCCCCUGUCGCGGAGCCCCCCCCCCCCCCCUCUCACUCCUCUCUCCUUCCCGCUGUCUCUGUACCGAGUUGUCUCAGCCACUCUACCUCUCUGCUUCGCCCUCACCACACACUUGUACCUCUCCUGCAUCCAAGCCCCACCCCAUCCUACGUCUCAUUUUCCGCCUCGCCACAUUAAGGGGAAACCAACGAAGGAACGGGAGUUCCACGAAGGCCUGACGGUUCAGAGACGACCAGGAAAGUCUACUGUACGUCCAUGUUGUCUAGCUAAGUGAAUUUUCUCCAUCAUCUCCACCAGUGAAUUCUAUACCAAACAAACCAACUAUACCAGCCUAACAUCAGUUACACUAAAGCAGGUCAAAUAUAAUGCAGGCGGAUGAGUCGAAACUUUACGGUGCUUUGUGGAGAUGGAGCGGAAGCAGAUCUGUGACAUCUCUAGCUUUACCGCGGCUCUAACCUUAAGGUGUGACUAUGAACAGCCUUUUACUCAAUACUGUAGUAAUAUAGUCCUAACAGCAACGUACUGUCUCUGAACUGCAUGGCUGUUUAUUUUUGGGCCAAUAAUGUUGCAUGCAAUGGGACGGAAGGGUGUCUAUGCCUUCUCCAAGGCCCAAUGAAUCAAAAGCCAUGAACCUUGUAAAUUGUACUGAACGUGAUGUGUGGAACAUUUAUUUGUAAUCAAUGUUACAACUGUCACAGACAGUCCAGAACUGUAGUUCCUAGACAAGCGAAUGGGCCAGAAUGUCAUCAAACCAGUCUAGUACUUACAGGUCUGGAAUUUCAUUGCUGUUUCAUGUAGAACACAGGGUUACAUUACAGGAUGUGUGACAUUCCGUCUCUUUUCAAGCAGGGAAGGUAUCAGGGUUAAAUAUGUAUAUGAGCUGAAUAGAUGACGACCAAACGUUCUCUCUUACAGCGGUGAAUAAAUGCUUGCUUUCAAAAAACUGUGGCACGGUGCUAAUUAUACCAAAGCGUUAAUAUAUUCAGCGUGAAUAAUUCAAGUUUGUCUCCAUCACAGCCGCACGAUGUCGUCACCAGUUCUCCUACUGGAAAUGUGCAAUCGAAUCCAUUUGUACAGACAUAGUGAUAUUCUAUUGUAUUUAUUGAAAACAAAACAGGGUGCUUCAAACAACGACAAACCAAAUAUGAGAGUCGAAUGUGGUAUUUCAUUUUGUAUUUAUUUCCUGUAGUUCUCACUUGGCGGUCUUAAAACAAUUAAAUACAUAUUAAACUAACACUAAACCGAGUUAUCUGUACACACCCCCCUUUGGUCUAUGAAUGUCAACUGUUCUGGUGGUGGUGGGGGGGGCACGUGGCCAUAUCUCAUUGUAACCGUUUAGCAUUCAUCGACUGUACUGUGCUGUUAUGAUUGCUUCUACUGUAAUGAUUAAAUGGUGACUCUCCAUUGCGGGUUGCUACUGCUUGGCUGAGCUGUGCUGCAGGAGUAUGGCGAGGGCGACAGACACCAGGAUUCUACGGUUGUGAGAAUACAGCGGGCAGGGGACAGCUAGCGGGAGGGAUGGAAGAUUCUAGCAACCACGUGGGCAAAUAUUACAAAGAUUUUGUUUCGAAGUGAUGUACUGUGGCUAUGGGGUUGUAUAUCAUUAUGGGUAUUUUGGUUUGUGUGUUUUGGUUCGUUUUUCUUUUGACAUUGCAGAGAAGGGGGGGAUUCGCGAGAGAAAAUUACAUUGAUUGUUUUUUGUUGUUGUUAAAGACAAACAAAUAUUUCAACAAAAUAUGGUGCUGAAAAGACAAAAAGUAUUAUUUUAUAAUGUAAGUAAUUUUAAAUGUUUUGUUUCUGUAAUAUAUCAUCUUUUUAAAAAUAGCUUCUUGACUCCCUUGUGUUUUUUUCCUCGUCCCUCCGUUUCAUCCUCUCUCAACUGGCUGGUGUUGCAUGUUACCCAGAGCUACACAAUAACUAGUCAUUAUUUUAUUUCUCUCUUCAUUCUGCAUACAGCAGCUCAGACAGCUGAAUAUAACCACAUCACUCACAAUCUCCAGUGAACUGACCACCAGAAUCAGUCAGAUCCCAACCGUAUUUCCACUAUAUCACCUCACCAGCCCCCCCCAAAAAAGAACUUCUAGUGUUUACACCUGUUUGGUUCUGAUCUAUGGCUGGCACCCUCUCUUUUCCCCUCUACUGUCCAGUGCUCAGUGUUGUUUUCCUUCUCUGUUUACUGUUAGUUUUUGUUUUGCUUUAGUUUCACUGUUUCAUUGUUCUUGGCUUGUUGUUUUCUGUUCAACGUCUCCAAUUAAACCACAUGCCAACGCAUUUUCUCUGUG